CACUACACUACACUACACUACACUAGUAAAGCUUGGCAUCGCGCCAUUGCGUUUCCUUUUCCCCGAGCUAAGUAAAGCUAGUGUAGUAUAGGCCACAUCAUCAUCAUCAUCAUCCAGUAGACUUUAAGCUACCAAACCAACAACUCAUUCCAUCUUAUCCUUUUAUAUUAUAAUUUAAUCCUUUACUAUUUAUCUACUCUGAUAUAAACUCCUGGCUGUAACUCGCGACUCCUUUUUACUCCUCGCGGAUUAUUUAACAUUACGCCACACAACAGUUACAAUUAGUAACUUCAUAGAUAGUGCUAAUAUACACAACUCAACUCAUUAUCCUUGGCUCGUUAGUCGCGAUGAGACAAGUGGAUGAUAUACACGUGGGACGAAUUGUCAUUUAUUUAUUAUUGGCUUAAACGUCACUCGUCUAAUUGCUUUAAUUAUAAAUAUAUAUGUAUUUAUAAGGAUAGAAGCAAUAAAAAUGGUUUACCGAGGCCUUUUGCAAACAGACGAUCCACGAGACGCACCUAAAUUGGUACGAAUAACUCCUUUACGAACGAGCCGACAUGAGGCAUCUAAAACAUCAACACGCACGCAAUAUUCAUCAUCAAUUAAUCAUAAUACCUGUAAAAAAAGUGACGGAUCACGUGGCAUGUCAGCUAUUAAGAUAGAUCCCAAGAUAUCGCCACCUAAAUUACGGAAUAUAAGUGAAAUACGUGAAAGUGUAACGACUAAAAUAUCACCAGAUAAUAACAGCAAUAAAAAACAAAAAAAUUUGUUGUUACAAUCGGGCAGACUGUCACAGAAUUCGAUGCUGGCUAAUCUGAAGGAUCUAGAGCGGCUUCGUAGCAUGUCAUUGAAUGAAAGUGAACGUGUUAAUAAUACGACAAAAUCAUCUUUGUCACAGAUAACGACAAUUAAUAACAGUGAAGUGAGCAAGACAACUCGUAUGCUCGCGCAAAAAAUAUUGGAAGCAAGUCGUCUUGAUUCUUCAGCAACAAAUCGGUCGCGUAAUAAUACGGUGAUAAAUAAAAAUAAUUUAAAGAUUGAAAAAAUAAUACCGCAGACACCAGGUGGUUUACAAACAUCCAAGUCAUCUGAUAAUCAAGUUAAAGAAAAAGAAAUAAGAACAAAUUAUACAGUGGUACCAAUCCAACAGAUUCAACAUCAACAUUUACAUCAACAUCUGAAUCAGAAUCGGAAUCAGAAUCAAUAUCAAUCUCAGGAUCAAUUUAAUGAUCAAGAUCAACCUAAAGCACCAGUACGAAGACGCAGAGAACAACGACAAGCAUCAAUUGACCGUAAAGAAUAUCGUACAAGUAUACAUUCUGCAAGACCGGAUAUAUUAGAUGGUUUAAUAAAAGAGUCUGAUCGGCAACUCGAGCUGUUGAAAACCGAUCUACGUACUGAGAGUUCGACGACUCUUAAUAGUGACUCAGAAACUGAAGAAAAAAAAGAUCUCAGUUUAUGGAACAAAAGCAUCAGCCAGAGAUGGAGGAAACUGAGGCGUAGAUGUUCCGUACAAGAAAUUUCGGAGCAUCAAGAUGAAUCACUGAUCCAGGGUGCUCCCAGGGUUGGUGUUAUUCAUGGUGUUAGGUCUACACCGACUAGUAGAGAAGCUUCCCCGGCGCCAAAGUCCUCGAGAGAUAGAUGCUCACCAAAGAAAUUACUGCAAACAAGUUCACUGAGAUUGCCUGGUACUAGUAAAGGGAUCGCAGACAUACAGAACGUGCUGAGGAGUAAAUUAAGCAAGAUAAAUGCCGGCAUAAGGAAACGCAAGGCAUUGAGCGUGACUGAGGUGUUUCCGCCCAAGGACAACGUCUCGAAUUUCUACGUUCCAAGUCCCCUGUCAAGUUCAACAAGUGAAAAAUUUGAUACACGAAUUUCUUCAGAUCACCAGCCAACAUCACUAUCGGCUUACACGUUGAACGAAAAAUUAACGACCCUUGCAGAGGCUAGUGUACCAAAUUCCCCGCGUUAUCCAACCGAGGAUGACAAAAGAACAUUUUCUUACUCGUGGGUUGACAAUAGGACACAUGCUGAGGUCAAAAAUAAUGAUACUGAUAAUAAUGACGAUAGGAUUUAUGAGAACGGUGUGUUCGUUGACUCAUUACGGAGAAGUAACUCAGAACACCGGGCCAGUGGAAGUGAUCAUCAUGCCUAUGAAAAUGUGAGGUUCCAAAGAUGUCGUCGGUCGGCCAUCUACUCACCAACGGACAGCGAACCAAAUAAGCAACGAGAAAAUACUUCAGUAGCGACAAAUCGUCGAGCGAAUGAUAUUUCUUAUGAAAAUGUACGGUUUGAAAAGUCGUUAUCAAGCUCGACGAGGUCAAGACGACUGUCUAGGGACGAUGAUCUCGAUGAAAUUCAUAUCCCGCGAAUCAGUCCACGGAAACGUAGCACUGACUUUGUUAUUGGAGGUACGGUUGCUAAUUACUCGCUUGUUAAUGCAAGUAAUCUUUAUAGCAGCAGUGGGGGGAUUGACCAGGGACCUUCGAGUUUGGGAACUGAUAAAAACCCGGGAAAAAAAUCCACUAGGCGAUUGAGUAGCCGGAGUGUUGCCAAUAUUGCUGGCUCGUCGGGACCCGGUCUCAAAACUUGGCAAGGACAAGAAACUGAUGAAGGCCUCAAUACUGACAGCGAGUUGGAAGACAUUCAGGAAGUCGAGGGUGAAGAGUCACGUUUUUGUACUCUGCCGAGGCCUGGAAAAGGUGUCGCUUCGUUCACUAUUCUCACGGCUAGAUUUUCUAAAGGUCCGGGACACAAAGGACUCGGAUUUAGUAUUGUGGGGGGCACCGACAGCCCUAGGGGUAACAUGGGAAUUUAUGUUAAAACUGUAUUUCCAAAUGGACAGGCUGCUGAUUUGGGAACUGUCAAAGAAGGCGAUGAAAUACUGUCAAUAAAUUCAAAACCGCUCCACGGUAUGACGCAUGCAGAAGCAAUUGCUGAAUUCAAAGGGAUAAAAACUGGCGAUGUUAUAUUACACGUGGGUCGACGGGUAUCCAGGAGAAAAAAAGAAAAUACAACAACAGCAGUAGCUGCAGCAACGGUCACCGGCAGUUCGAAUGUUGUACGACAAGCUGUCGAGUGAGCAAUCAACCGAGGAAGCGAUGGAAUCGCUUUUAACGUUAUACUCUUAACGCUAUCAUUACGCUACUGAAAUUAUUAUUUAUUUAUAUACAUAUACAUAUAUAUUUUUUACUUAUUCGAUAAUCAAUUUCCGUUGACGUUAAUGAUAGUUAAACUAUUAUAGCUUCUGCUAUCAGCUCACAAA